AUGCCAGCGAGCCCGCACGAGCAGCUGCCGGCCGGCGUGGCGCGCGCCUACGGCCCGUACGGCCCCCUGCCGCAGCCCAAGGAGCUGGUGAAGCCGCCGUACUCCUACAUCGCGCUCAUCACCAUGGCGAUCCAGAGCUCGGCCGAGAAGCGGGUGACGCUCAGCGGCAUCUACCAGUUCAUCAUGGAGCGCUUCCCCUUCUACCGGGACAACAAGCAGGGCUGGCAGAACUCCAUCCGCCACAACCUCAGCCUCAACGAGUGCUUCGUCAAGGUGCCGCGGGACGACAAGAAGCCCGGGAAGGGCAGCUACUGGACCCUGGACCCGGACUCCUACAACAUGUUCGAGAACGGCAGCUUCCUGCGGCGGAGACGGAGGUUCAAGAAGAAGGACGCGCAGCGGGACAAGGAGGAGCGGGAGCCGCUGCUCCGGGUCCAGGACAUCAAGACGGAGGAGCGAACCUGCUGCACGCCGCCGCGCGCUGCCUCCCCGACUCCCGGCACCGCGGUUCCGAAGCUCGAGGGUCCGGACAGCUGCCACAGCAGCAGCGGCGGCGGCGGCAGCGGCAGGUCCAGCCCCGGAACCAGCCACAACCAGAACCAGAACAACUUCAGCGUGGACAACAUCAUGACCUCCAUGCGCGGAUCUCCGCAGGCCGGGAUCAGCCAGUCGCUCUGCCUCAGCUACUCCCCGAACCAGACCUCCUACAGCGCCACCACCUGCCACCAGAACCUCAUCUCCACGAACUCCAGCUACCACUGCAACAUGCAGGCCAUGAGCUUGUACGCGGACCGAGCCGGAGCGCAGGCCGCGCUGGACGAGCCGCUGCCGGACUACGGCAGCCCGGCGGACCAGACCCGGCUCGCCUCUUGGUACGGCGACCUGGGCCACCCGACCUACCCGCCGCCGCAGAACUUUCACUCAGUGCGGGAGAUGUUCGAGUCCCCGCGGGUCGGACUGAACGGAUCUCCGGUGAACGGAACCAGCAGCUGUCAGAUGGGCUUCCAGGCCGGACUGUACCGAACCUCAGGAGCCUUCGUUUACGACUGCAGCAAGUACUGAGUCUGGUGGCCCGGGCCGAACUUGGAUGGGCCUGAACAGGACCAGCACCGGACGUGGCUCCACGCGCCCGGCAUCGUUUACCCACACAAACAUUUAUUUAUUGAUUCUCCUGCAGGAGCGGCACCGAGGGCUCGGUUCCGACGCGGAGCUUUCUUAUGUGACUCUUGUUUCAAGGCCGUGUGAAAUAAAGUUUUGCAAGAAUUGAACUGAAGUUCUGUUCGUGGGCCGCGUGACGUCACGCCGAGUUCGAUCCCGCUCAAAUGCAGGCGCGUCGGAACCGAGCCGGUGGCGCGCUUCACACGCAGAUGAUCCGAGAAUCAGAGAGGGCUUUCGACCGACCAACAAAGAGCAGUGAUUCGCCGACUGUGUCUGGAUCAUCCAGACUCAAACGAAGCUCAGGUGGGAUUGAAUCUCGAAGGGCCGCUCACGCGCCUCUCUUCCAGUAAGAUGACGGGCCGGACCCAAACCUGCGGUUAGACAAAAAACACCAUGCUGACGUCACGCAGCGUUUGAAGCGGUGGCGGGAGACUCGGCGUCCGUGAAGCUUCUUCGGUUCAUAAGCGUCAGACGAUGAGGUCAGCGGCCUGAACCCGGCGAGACAGAGAAAUGGCACACACGUCCUCAAACUCACGGCGGCCACUCCACAACAGCGAGAAGAAAAUGAUGCUCAUCGCUGAACACUGAUUCAAACACGAUAGCAAUAAAACGACAAAUCACGAUUCAAGCGGGUGUUUUCGAGAGCGGGGGCCGGGAUGACCGCGCUUUUCCCGCCGGCAUGAGGCGACAUCAGCGCUUGAAAAAACAAAACCACUUCACGUGAACGUCACUGGUUCGUUAAGACUGUUCAAACAAAUGCGGAGGCGCGCGUGACGUCACCAGCAUCACUGAAGCGUCGUCAGUCUGCGGCUCAGGAGCCUUGUCACGUGUUUCACCUCCAGUGACCGGUGUUUGGGCGGGGCCUCACACCUGCGUGACGACGUCACAUCCUGCCGAUCAAACCAAAACCAAAGUCUCUCUGUCCUUGUGGCGACCCUUUCCCCAGCCUCUCCCUCCAAACCUCACCAUUAAAACA